AUGAGCGUUCAACGAGCCGAGUCGGAUGAUGGCGAGCAGCAGGAACUAUUCAUGGAUGCUGAAGAUGAUAUAGAAGAUGAUGACGAUUUCGAGCCGGGCGACGAGGACGAAGAGGAGGAAGAUGACGACGAUCACAGCGUCAUGGAGGAACUAUUUGCGCAGACCGAACAGCUGCAAGAGAUGGAUGACGACGACGAGUUCCACGAUGCAGAGCAAGGCGAUAUCGAGUUCGUCGUCGAGGUGGAAAACGAUACCGGCGGUGCCGCGGGGACUGCCGGCAACAAUGCGGCGGAUGAUAUCACACAGCGUGUCGUGCGACUGAUAGGGAACCCCCGGAUUGCCUUGACCCAGAGACAACUACUGGCCAUGCUACGAGGCUCGAAUCUUAGCCACUACAUUUUCGACGACGACGAUGACGAGGAUGCAGGUCCAUGGGCUAGACGGCGGCAACGGCGGCAUUCGCGGGACCCCAACCGCUUCCCAAAGGUGCCGAGCGAAAAGGGAAGGGAGCUCAUGGAUUCAGGCACAUUUGGUGCCACGGAGCAGCAAAAGUCAAUCAGUGCCAAGAAGCGUAUUGCACGCAGGAUACUGGAUCGCGAAAUGGGCAUUGGCAGUUCAACGAAUCGAAGGCUCAACCAGGGGCUGAUGGCACAAACCAUGCUGCCCACUUCGGACGCCGAGAUGAUUAUCAACUACGAUGAGCCUGUCUACUCGGGACAGUUUUCAGACGAUGGAAACUUUUUCUAUUCGUGCGUCAAGGACUUCAAGGUACGGAUGUACGACACAUCGAAUCCGUACAACUGGAGACAUUACAAGACGGUCGCAUUCCCAGGCGGCUCCUGGACCCUCACCGAUGCUUCAUUGAGUCCCGACAACAAGUGGCUAGCGUACACAUCCAUUGAGAGCAGAGUCUGUCUGGCACCCACAGACCCCAACGACACUGGAGACCCUUAUAUGCUCAAUCUCGCCGGCGACCGGGGUUUCCGUGGACAGAUGGGAUGGCGGGGAGGUUUCGGCAUCUGGUCUAUCCGGUUCUCUGGUGAUGGCAAGGAGCUCGUGGCCGGAACCAACGCCAACUCUAUUGUAGUAUACGACAUUGAGUCACGGCAGGUCCUGCACUCGAUCGAAGGUCACGAGGAUCACGUGAAUGCCGUCUGCUUUGCCGACAAGUCAUCUCCACACAUCUUGUACUCCGGCUCGGACGAUGCGACCAUCAAAGUCUGGGACAGGCGGUCGAUGGGUGAUGGUCGUGAAGCAGGCGCCUUUGUGGGCCACAUUGAAGGAUUGACCUAUAUUGACAGCAAAGGCGACGGUCGAUACAUUUUGAGCAACGGCAAAGACCAAAGCAUGAAGCUCUGGGACCUCAAGAUGAUGUACACGACGGCGCAGUUCCGCGAAAAGAACCCGACACGCCAUACCGGCUACUCUAACUUUGACUACCGGUGGGAGCCAUAUGACGACAACGACUGGUUCCCGCACCCAGACGACAACUCUGUGGUGACGUUCCGGGGCGGACACAGGGUAUUGAGGACACUGAUUAGGUGUCAUUUUUCGCCACCAGGCAGCACCGACAGCCGCUACGUUUAUACGGGCAGCCAUGACGGCAAGGUCUGGAUUUACAACAUGGAUGCGACGGUGGCAGGUACGGUCGACGUGCGCGCAGCCAGCAUGAAUCCUGGUGCUCUCCCCGGACGGUGGAGGGCGCACCAGCGGACAAGAGGGUUCCACGGUUGGUCAACGUGUGUAAGAGAUGCUAGUUGGCAUCCCAACGCGCCGUUCAUUGCAGCAUCUUCAUUGAAUGGCUGGGACCACCGCGUAGGCACCGUCAGUGUACAUUCGUUCAACGAGAAUAAAGUGGACGAGGGAGAGCCGCCCAUGGGUACGGGAUACUCUGAUAAGCUACGGCCAGUGAGCGAUGAUUUGAGAUCCGGCUCCUCAGAUUCUUAUGGAGAGGACAAUGAUGACGAGGAAGAAGAAGAAGAGGAAGAGUCUGAUGAGGACGAGGAUUUUGAGAUCUAG